CUGGCCUUUCUUUCUUCUCCAUGGUGGUUCCCUGUGGCUAUGACAUUGGGUGUCAUUUGCCUGGGCUUAUUGGUGACCAUCAUAGUGCUGGAGACAAGGUUAUUCCAGGUAUCCAACCUCCUGAAGCAAUAUGGAGGGAACCUUACUCAGCAGGAGAACGUCUUGCAGGGGCAGAUCUUAGCCCAGCAGCAGGCAGAAAACGCCUCCCAGAUGUCACAGAGGGAGCUCAGGGACGCGAUAGAAACCCUUUCCCAGCAGCUGCAUGAGAAAUCUCAAAAACAAAUGGAACUCCACCAGCACAACCUGCAUCUCCAAGAGGCUCUGCAGAAAGUGGCAAACUUUUCAGGCCCUUGUCCACAAGGCUGGAUCUGGCAUGGGGAAGACUGUUACGCGUUCUCCUCUGGACCAUUGGACUGGGGAAAGAGCCGGGAGAACUGCCUGCUCUUGAAUGCUCAGCUGCUGAAAAUUAACAGUACAGAUGAUCUGGACUUCAUCCAGCGAGCCAUUGCUCAUUCUAGCUCUCCAUUCUGGGUAGGGUUAUCUCUGAGGAAACCCAACCGCUCAUGGCUCUGGGAAGACGGUUCUCCUUUGAAGCCCCGCUUGUUCAGGCUCCAGGGUGGUUCUUCCCAGACACACUCACGCACCUGCGCAUACCUCCAACAGGGAGUGGUUUUUGCUGAAAACUGCAUUUUAGCUGCGUUCAGCAUAUGUCAGAAGAAGGCAGAUCUGUGGAGAUCGCAGCCGAUUGGAAGGAUCUAGAUGAACAGAAGAAGGUCUUUGACUGCUUUUCCUGGAAUUCAAGCUCUUCUUCUUUGCUUGGAUGCGAACGGGUGGCUCUAGGAACUGACUGUUGCUCUAAGUGACUGCAGAAGGACCUGGACAGACUGUUUCCGGGGCUAAUUAUAACCCAAGACUGGGCAUCCAGGCAUCAGACACCUAUAUAUCAAAGCAUAUGAUUCCAUCUACCCACCUGUUAUUUUUCCCAAGCCUUCCUAUCAAUA